AUGCAGACUUUCCACCAGAGUGAGAUUUUUUUUUUUGUUUUUUUUCAGCGUCUGCCUUUGAAGAAGAUCCCAUGCAAAGCCUCUGCGCCCUCAGGCUCCUUUUUUGCCAGAGACAACACAGCAAAUUUCUUAUCCUGGUGCCGAGAUUUAGGGGUAGAUGAAACCUGUCUGUUUGAAUCUGAAGGUUUGGUCCUCCACAAGCAACCCAGAGAAGUGUGUCUCUGUUUGCUAGAGCUUGGCCGGAUUGCAGCCAGGUAUGGUGUGGAACCUCCUGGUUUGAUAAAAUUGGAAAAAGAGAUUGAACAAGAAGAAACACUUUCUGCCCCUUCUCCUUCACCUUCUCCUUCAUCAAAGUCUUCUGGAAAAAAGAGUACGGGGAACUUACUGGAUGAUGCAGUGAAGCGAAUUUCUGAAGAUCCUCCUUGCAAAUGCCCGAACAAAUUCUGUGUGGAGAGGCUCUCCCAAGGAAGAUACCGAGUGGGAGAAAAGAUCCUCUUCAUUAGGAUGCUGCACAACAAACAUGUCAUGGUCCGUGUGGGAGGAGGAUGGGAAACUUUUGCAGGGUAUUUGUUGAAACACGACCCCUGCCGGAUGCUGCAGAUCUCCCGUGUGGAUGGCAAAACAUCCCCCAUCCAGAGCAAAUCUCCAACUCUUAAGGACAUGAAUCCAGAUAAUUACCUGGUCGUCUCUGCCAAUUAUAAGGCUAAGAAGGAGAUUAAGUAAAACUAGUUGGUCACUACAAGGGGACUCUCCUAAUGGCCUGUACCCAUUUCUCCAGUGUAGUUAGUUUAGUUCACAUGCUCUGACAAUUACUUUGGAAAAAGGCGUAACAGCCAGAAAAAUGCCAUUAUUAUUGAAAAAUGUUCAAAGAGUAGCACUAUUUAUUUUGAUGCUUCUGUAGAACAUGACCAAUUAAAAGAAAUUCUAGGCUCAGAUUUAAACUAGAAAAAUUGUAGGCAAAUUAUUAUUUCUUGAUAUGUGAACACAGGAUUUAGUACACAGUACUAGAAGUACAAUUCUAGCUAGAGAUAAAAACUAUUAGAAGAAAAUAUUUAGGAUUUAUAGAUAAGUCAACAGAAAGUGCCUGCUUUAUGUCUACAAAGUAAAAGCACCCCAGACAUUUUUAUAAUUGCAGGAUUUUUAAGCUAAUUUUUAAAAAGUGACAAUUAGUGUGAUAACGUGCUACUAAAAAUAUUCAACAGCACUACAAAUAAGUACAGAGUGUUCAUAACCGUAACACUUUACUAGAAAGGCCACUUCAGAAAAGUUUACAUUCACUUGGAAGAUUGCCUUAAAGUUUAUUCCUUAUCUAUGACCAAAUAUCUGGGGUACUUUUGGAAGUUUUCAGUACACCCCUUAGAGAAUUGCUUAUGAAGUGUUUCACACAUUCCUAAGCACAUGGCUGUGUUGAGACCGACUUAGUGUAUUUCACACACAUAAGCUGACAUACGUUUAUAUUUUGACAGAAUAAAUUGUACAGUCCAACGUUCAUUGACUUCAUGUUAUUUUAAAGCAUUUUCUUAUGAAAAUAUACCUUUAGUUAAUCCUACUUUGCUAUGCUGUCUAGUAAAGUAAAUUCACUGUAGCUGAUGUUACAGACAUAUGUAUACCCUUGUAUACCUAGGACAGGGCUGUUGUGUACCCAUAAACAGCAAACUAUUGUCCUCACUGAUUCAAGAAUUAAAAAGAUAAAUUUAAAAAAAUUAUGUCUCUAUAUUAGUGCUUCAUUCUGAAAUAAAAAUAAUCUUCAAAUGGCAACUUUCCCUCAGAGUUCUAGAAAGAGUCGCAUUAGGGUUACCUAGUGCUUCUUCACUUUUGAGUGUUAGCAUUGUUUGCUCCCCUUAGCAGAAAAACAAAAUAUUAUCAUAGGUAAUCCCUUAACUGCCGCCUUGAGUUUAAUAAGUAUAGGCAGAGUUAAUGUCAUUCCCUCAUUCUUCUACGAUAAAAAAAUCCACCUCUCCUGCUCCAGAAAGUCAGGAAAUAUCUCAAUUUGUCACAUGACUGAUUUAGUCAAAGUACACACAACCUGUUCAUUGUGAAGUUUAGUGGUACUAGAAAUGGGGUUGUAAUUAUGCUGGGAAAAAACAAUUAAAAUUAAAGUUUUAUCAGAGAUAAAAUCACCUUGGAAC